AUGAAGCAGGUUGACGGAGGUGUCAAGCCUCCAGCAGGGGCUAUGAUGGAGCAGGUUGACGGAGGUGUCAAGCCUCCAGCAGGGGCUAUGAUGGAGCAGGUUGACGGAGGUGUCAAGCCUCCAGCAGGGGCUAUGGUUGAGCAGGUUGACGGAGGUGUCAAGCCUCCAGCAGGGGCUAUGAUGGAGCAGGUUGACGGAGGUGUCAAGCCUCCAGCAGGGGCUAUGGUUGAGCAGGUUGACGGAGGUGUCAAGCCUCCAGCAGGUGCUAUGGUUGAGCAGGUUGACGGAGGUGUCAAGCCUCCAGCAGGGGCUAUGAUGGAGCAGGUUGACGGAGGUGUCAAGCCUCCAGCAGGGGCUAUGAUGGAGCAGGUUGACGGAGGUGUCAAGCCUCCAGCAGGGGCUAUGAUGGAGCAGGUUGACGGAGGUGUCAAGCCUCCAGCAGGUGCUAUGGUGGAGCAGGUUGACGGAGGUGUCAAGCCUCCAGCAGGGGCCAUGAUGGAGCAGGUUGACGGAGGUGUCAAGCCUCCAGCAGGGGCUAUGAUGGAGCAGGUUGACGGAGGUGUCAAGCCUCCAGCAGGGGCUAUGAUGGAGCAGGUUGACGGAGGUGUCAAGCCUCCAGCAGGGGCUAUGAUGGAGCAGGUUGACGGAGGUGUCAAGCCUCCAGCAGGGGCUAUGAUGAAGCAGGUUGACGGAGGUGUCAAGCCUCCAGCAGGGGCUAUGAUGGAGCAGGUUGACGGAGGUGUCAAGCCUCCAGCAGGGGCUAUGAUGGAGCAGGUUGACGGAGGUGUCAAGCCUCCAGCAGGGGCUAUGAUGGAGCAGGUUGACGGAGGUGUCAAGCCUCCAGCAGGGGCUAUGAUGGAGCAGGUUGACAAGGCCCGUCAACCAUCCUUCCAGUUGACGGGCCUCACGCAACUAGCACUAAGGAACAUUUCUCUAAUAAAUUCCUUAGUGUUGAGUUACUCGUGGACGCUGCCAGGUCUGAAAAAUGAACGUGCUUCUAGUUGUUAA